AUGCCCAGCAUCACUGAGGAAUGCUCAGCCACUUGGGCCAACUUUCAAGAGCAUGCGCCUGAUUUCGCCAAGGGACCGGUUAUCGCGUCACGUAACGACAUCAUUUCCAAGUUUAACCUCAGCGCCGUCGUCAAGAAAGGGCAACGACUCCCCGAGUUCGAACUCCAGGAUGCCCUUGGGAAGUCGGUAUCGUCAAAAGAGCUGCUGUCAACAGGAGCGCUUCUGAUAACUUUCUACCGUGGAUCAUGGUGCCCUUUCUGCAAUAUUGCCCUCCGCCAUCUCCAAGCCCAUAUCGACGAUUUUGCUCACCUGGGCGUUACCUUGGUUGCCAUCUCCCCAGAGCUGCCAGACACGUCCUUGACAACAACGGAAAAGCUGGAGCUCAAGUUUACUGUUCUCUCGGACGUUGGCAACGGGUUUGCUCGACAACUCGGUAUUGUCUGGAAGCAACCUGACCCGCUCCGGCCCGUCUUUGAUAAGUUCGGCCACAACCUGCAGGGUCGUAAUGGCGACGAUUCAUUUGAAGUCCCCGUCCCGACGACACUGUUAGUCGACAAGGACGGCAUUGUGCGAAACAUUCAUGUGGACCCGAACUACACCACGAGGCUGGAUCCGGAGGUGGCUCUGGGAUGGGCAAAGGCGCUUUGA